UCACUUUAACUUAUAAACUCUUGCUAUGUUGUUUCUUGGUAGUUUGUAAAUAGUUUAUCUUGAGUUUUCAUAUUUGUUAGUCAUUUCUUUUGCUAUUUCCUGUAUCAAUAUUGGCCAGUUCUUUUUUAAAUGCUAUUUACAAGCGUUAAAAUUUAAGAAUUGUUACUUUAUAAAGUUAUUUAAAUUUCAAAUAUGAGUGAAUCAUGUGUGGAGACUCCUGAAGCACCGGCUUGGCUGUCUAAAUUGGAAAGUCAAAGGGAAAAACUGAGUAAGGCUCGUCUUGGUCAUGACAGCGGCGCCGGUGCAUCCUGCAAUUCGUGUGGAUCGGGAUGCCCGGGUCUUGAUUUGCAUUUCUGGCGUAAGGUCUGUCGAGCGUGCCACUGUAGUAAAGACGUACAUGACGUACAAGAUGAUGAUCUAUCAGGAUGGGCACAGUUUGAACUACUGGGAACAGCUAAACCAAAAAAAGGAACAUUGCCACUUAUUAAAAUUCGAGGGGUGACAGACAAACCAGUAAAACUUGACUGGGUGCCUCCAAAUGCUUCUACGGAAUUGGUAUCAGAAUAUAUGUCAUGUUUGGGUGAGUUGGCUCCAGUGUCAGGCUCUGAAGCCGCUAAAAAGCGUCGAGCUCAGCUUAGAACACAAUUGCCGCCGCAUGAUGUUGCUACAGCUGCAAGAACACAUGCCUCUGAGCAGGAAAAGACAGAGCAUACUGAAUACAUCAUGCGUAUCAAAGAAAAUGUGGUUGGUAUGGGUAAUGUUGUCAGAGUGGCGCCAUUACAAAAUGGGGAGGUUGUGUCUAUAGAGAACGCAAAAACUCAUACAACUACUAAGUCAUAUGCAUUACCAUUAAAAAUAUCAAACAUAUCAAGGGGUGUCAAAUAUAAUAUAGUACCUAAAAACGCAUCAGAUAAAAAGCUUGUGUUGGACACGCAAGGUAAUAUAGUAAGCAGUGCUGCAAAUUUACCAGAUUAUAAAUCAAGUCCAGUAUUGAGCAAAGUUGUAAAAGACAGACUUAAUGCUAUGCACAUUGAAUCAGACAGAAUCAAAAGUGCUGUAGAACAUGGACCAGUUUAUGAUAAACUGUUUAAAAAUUUAAAUGAUUUGAAUAUGCAAGUUGCUAAUGAUGUAUAUCUUCAACCUAUAAAACUCUUUAGAGAUGAAUAUAAUAGAAACCCACAAUUUAAAGAUGAAGUCAAUGAGUUUGCCAGUAAAUCUCUAGGAGCACAAAUAAUACCCGAUGUAUGGUCUGCAAAUAAUAAUAAUCUAAUGGGCACAGCUAAAUUGUUUGAUAGCAGAAUUCAGAAAGGCACUAUUUUUGCACCGAAUGGAGAAAUAUGGAGUUGGAAACAUGAACCAACAAGCCCAGAACAUAGUGGUACUAUUUGUUCAACAAUAAUAAAUCCUCAAUAUUCUACCAGUAUGAAACCAAUUAAUCAGGUGGAACCACAACAGACAGCACCUUUAAGAGAAUAUUUAAGGACUCAUUCAGAGGAAGACUAUCCUCCACCAUUACCCAAUUAUAGUACAUAUCCCGGAGCUCUGCCGGUAACUCCUCAGGAUAAUAAGUUGAAUAACUCAUCUCCAAAUCAAUUUGACACUGUAGCAAACCCUGUCCAGAUUGGUAAUUAUGCAGAGCAGAUUGACCCAAUUCUGACGCAGUUUGCUGAUAUGUCACUGAAUCCAGCUGAAGUAGAGUUUAACAGAAAGUUAUACAAUGAAGGAGUACCAUGUCAAAGAUGUGAAAAACCAAUGUUUGCUGGCGAAGUUGCUGUGAAAGCUGAAAGGGCAGGCCAGGAGGCAAUAUGGCAUCCACAAUGUUUCACAUGCUGUAAAUGUGGUGAACUUCUCGCUGAUCUCGUGUAUUUCUACUACAAGGGAGAAAUUUACUGUGCCAGAGAUUUGGCAAAUGUAUUGGAGAUUCCGCGUUGUGCUGGUUGUGAUGAGUUAAUAUUCACACGUCCAUAUACUGCAGCUGAGGGCAGAGCAUUCCAUGUUGAGCAUUUUUGUUGCUAUCAUUGUGACGCACCGCUUGGUGGAAAGAAAUAUGUGCCAGAUGAUAAAACAGGUCUGCCAAUUUGUCUAAUGUGUUAUGACCAGUAUUAUGCAGAGCGUUGCAAAGCCUGCGGUGGUAUUAUAGGACCUGAACAGCAAGGAGUUUCUUGGAGCAAGACACAUUGGCAUGCAGAAUGCUUCAUUUGUUCGGGUCGAAUGUGUGGUAAAAGCUUACUAAGUGGCAGAUUUGUUGUUAAGCAAGAUAUGCCCUUUUGCAGUGUGCCUUGUGUACAAAGUAGAAUCAAGUGAAACAUAUUUUUCUGAAUAUAAAUUUACAUAAUCCAAUACACUUCUAGGCAAUGAUAAAACAAUAUUAUAUUUUAUAAAAGUAUACCUAGUUUUAAGAAUAUUGUGAUGAAAUAUAUUUUGAUAUUUAGUCUAUAUAAGUGAUGUGUAUUAAUAAGAGCAAAAAUCAUGACAUUUUAUGUUGAAAACAUAGUAUAUGAUUUAAUGUACUUUGUUUUAAGUAAAAAUGUUGAUGUUGGCAAAAUAUUCCACAAAUUGCGUGUAUGAAGCCAUAGCAUAAAUUAUAUAUAUAUAUAUACUCUUGUUAUUAUAUGUAUUGUCAAGAACCAAUUACUGCUUGACAAAUUAUAAUUUAAAUUAAAAAAAAAUAUUUAUAUUUCAAUAUAACUAAGUUUAUUAUAGUCCAAUAUGUAAUCAACACAAUUGCAAGUUUUUGACCAUUUUGGGCUGCAAAUUGGGGACCACUUUAUAAAUUCCUUCACGAUGACUGAUUUUUGCUGUUUAAAAUUUAAAAAAAUAAGAAUUUAUUUAUAUACAUUCCUAUAAAUUUUAAUAAUGUGUCAAUUAAUUGUUGAUAAAUUAAGUGAUUUUAUAUGAUGGAUAUAUUAGUGAUGUUUUCUAGGAUGUGCCAUUAAAUAUGAAAUUUAUAGUUUGUGAGAGAAUAAAUAUAAAUAUUAAAAUAUAUACAUAACUGUAUUAUUUAUAAUACUUUUUAGAAUAAUUUUUACAAACAAUGACUAACUGAUUUUGUUUAGUAAUAUUAAAGGCUCUAGAAAAAUACUG